AUGCUAUGCGACUUACCAGACUCCACGUCCGUAGCUCUCAGUACAGGAAGGGAUAAAUGGUUAUAUGAAAAAGAGAAAUACAAUAGUGAUGUAAAACUUUUGAAAGAAUUACGCAUUAAUGGAUAUGAUGAUUAUAAAAAUUAUCUACGGAUGGACGCUAAUACUUUUGAUGAUCCUUUACACCGCCUGGAACCUUAUCUCAAGAGAAAAAAUGCAGUAAUGCGUGACAGUAUCCCUCUACGGUUUUUGGCGACAGGUCGCAAUUAUGAAGAUUUAAAAUUUAACACAGGCAUAUCUCCUCAAGCUUUGGGGUAUAUCAUUCCAGAAACCUGCAGGGUGAUAUAUGAGGUUUUGAAAGGAGAGUUCUUAAAGUUUCCAUCUACAACAGAAGAAUGGAAACAAAUAGCCAACGGAUUUGAACAAAAAUGGCAAAUAUCUAACUGUGUCGGAGCAAUGGAUGGGAAACAUAUCCGCAUUUGGGCGCCACCAAGAACUGGGGCCCAAUACUACAACUACAAGCAUUCCUACAGCAUCGUAUUAAUGGCUGUUGUUAAUUCCAAUUAUGAAUUUAUAUUUGUAGAUGCAGGCAAAAAUGGAAGAAUUUCCGAUGGGGGAGUUUUGCAGUAUACAACCUUUUAUCAAUAUCUGGUAGAAGAAAAAUUGCAUUUGCCUGACAGAUAUGACUGUAGAGAAAAUAUGAAUUUCGUAUUUAUUAGCGACGAAGCGUUUGCCCUCCACAAACAUAUUUUGAAACCUUUUCCUCAAAGGAAUCUUAACUAUGAAAAGCGCAUCUACAACUAUCGACUAUCAAAAGGCCGUAACGUCGUUGAAAAUGUUUUUGGUUUGAUAACGGCGCGAUUUCGUGUGCUUCAUACUACUAUAAAUAUGAAGCCAUUGCAUAUACAAUAUGUAGUAUUAGCGAUUUGCACAUUACACAACUAUUUAAUACAGCGAAAAAACCAAUACAUAGGACCUAUCACAUUUGAUUCGGAAAACAAACAAACACACCAAUGCAUGAAAAAUGCAGAAUGGAGGCAAAAUGAUGUUCAGUUAUGUCCUUUGCAGAUUUCGAAUAGAAAUGGUCAGGUACUUGAUGCAAAAGAAAAUAGACUAGAGUAUAUGAAAUAUUUCACUGGAAAUGGAAAAGUGACUUGGCAAGAUGAAAUGUUAAAUGCGGGAAAGUCCUAA